AUGUGUUUAUUUCCAGGAGGUGGCAUUAAUAUGCAACCAAUUGUACCACCCACUCCUCUUGGCUUAAAGUUGCGUACCAGGCUCUACAUUAUUUUGAUAGUUCAUCUUGUGCUUUCAAUAUGCUUGAUGUUUGUUAGUCCGGUCAAUGGAAUAUAUGAGCUGCUUUCAAUACUGAUAUUAUGGUGUGCAGCUUCUUAGAUGCACUUCUGUCAAAUGAUUAUUUACAUGAUACUCAACUGCAAUAAAUUUAUCUCUUAUUUCUCAUCAGUGGGCUUAUCAGUCUAAAAUGAUAAUUUUGGUUCGUACUGGCACGGAGGCUUUAAGACCUUUGAGGCUCUGCUAUCAGUAGCAUUUUUGAUAUUCUACCCGAUAGCUAUAUACUGCUCAUUCUAGGCUUACAAAGAAUUCAAAGGCAUGCUAUAUGAUAAUGGUCAAAGCCCCCAAAAUUCAGGUGCACUUAAUGGGUUAAUGGCAGGCAGAAGAUCUACUCAAGUUGGUUAGUAGCAAUACUAGCCUCCUAGUGGAAAUCCUCCAGCUGGCAAUGCAGGAGGGGAUCAGUAAUAAAAUAGAAAUCAAUUACUAAAGAAAUAGAUUUUGAUAUCAAAGAAUUAAACUAUGAUUAAUACUUUGAUAACAUGCAGGAGGGGUUUCAGUUUAUUAGAUCAUUUUGACCCCAACAGGCCUAAAUCUGAAAAGGAUAAGAUAAAUGAUAUUAAAAGGUAAAAAGAAGAUGAGCUAGCUAAGUUGCUUGAAAAAAAGCUCUAGACCAAUGAGCAAUAUAUGAAUCAUGAAUUAUUCUAUGGCAAAUAAUCUAAUAAAUUUCCAAAGAGAUAAGAUGAGCUUAAGGAAUAAAUUAAAUAAGAGAUAGCUAAUAAGUAAUCCCAGGUUUUGAAUGAUGAAGAAUAUUAAAGGUAUAGAGAUGCUUGGCAAUAAAAGGGGGUCAAAUUAAUACCCUUCUUUCUGGCUCAUGAUUAGCUUUAUGAGUUGUUUCAUAAGAAUGUUAUGAUAAGAAGAUUGAUAGCCCUACUUAACACUACUUAUUUCGGCUUCUCAGUGAUGACAUUUUUUUCAGUCCCUUUGGCUGAGUAUUCCUUAUUAAUCUAUGGAUCAUUUGCAACAAUAUCUAUGAUGAAUCUCUUUUACAGUAGAAAAUACAACUAAUUUGUGGACACUAUAGUUGGCAGAAUCGACUUCAAUGUAGAAACUGAAUAAUUAGAGGUUAGUAAACCUAAGGGAUUAUUUAAGAUAAAGGAAUAAAAGGUAUUAAUUCCAUUUAGACAGUUGAAAAUGAAAAUAGAUUCAAAUGAUAAGAAUUGCAUCUAUUUUGAUGAGUCAACUGGGAAAGGAUUAGCUACAAUAGAUAGAGGCUAGUGGUAUAAUGAAAUGAUAUUUCUUUAUCUAAUGCAAAGAAUUAAUAAUGAGAACAAAAUUUUAAGGAGUGUCACAGACAACCCUGCUCCUGAACAAUAAGAAUAAUGA